AAUAACCUUAACAGCAGGAGCAAGAACAUGUUCUCAGACACUACACUCGGACUAGAAGGGGAUCCCAGCAACUCCAGAUUUGUUGACUCCAAUAAGUCAGAGUACACCAACUCUGACAAGAAUCCUCAUAUGCUCGGUGUAGCUAACAGGGAUUCUUUCCAUAAUCAGAACAAAGCUGUUUUUGGCAUUAAUAAUGGGUAUUACCAAGGCUUUGGAAAUAUCAAGGAUGAAGAAGAGAUAAAAAUGUUCCAUAAUGAGAAAUAACAAGGACGAUAAAGAUAGAAUUGAUGUCUUCUUAUUAGGAGAAAAAGUCUUGCCGGACUCUCGCUCACAGUCUUCCUUUGAUAACAAUGAAUCAUACAGUUCAGAGUCUGAAGAGAAUGAAUCUGAGACAGAAGAAGAGAAAUAAGCUCUCAAAGGAGAACUUAGCACUUAUAGAUGAACCUGAAGUGAAGAAGAACCUUGAGGUUGUGUGAGUAGACCCAAUUUCGUGUUUGCAUUACCGACUGUCAAUGUCUACUAAUAAUCUCAUAAUCGAGCCACACAUUGAAAUCAAAUUUCCUAAGGAUAAUGAUAAAGAAAAAGACAUUGAACUCGUUAAGGAAAGAGAGAAAUAAAAUGAGAGAGGAGUGAGAGAAAGAAAUCAAGGACAAAAUACAGAAGCAUCGGAAUAUCAUCAGGAACCUCAUAAAGCUAGAAGGCUUCAUAUGGCUCUCGAAUAAGGGAGAGGCUGAUAAGUAUCGAAGGAGAAAGCUUCCCCAGUACCUUUUAACAAGAGAGUUGUCUGAUUAUCCUUGCUAUAUCUUUCAAUCAGAGCUGAGUAAAGCUUUUAAUUCAAUUCCUCAUAUAAAUCUGAGGGUGAACCUGAUGAAAUAUGACGACAAGAUUAAGAUGAAGAAGAAAAAUAAGGCUAUCAAGAAGUUUUUUGUAGAGAUAAAGGAGUCUCUAGUCACCAGUUCAAAAGAGACCAUAAAGAAUGUACUCCAUGAAAUCAAAAAUAAAUACGGAGUCCUCAUUGAGCCUGCUGGCGAAGGUUCCAUGCUCAUCCUUAAAGUGGAUGGCUUCAGAGAGUACUUCAAAGGAAACUACCAACUCCUGGCAUAUGAAAGAGUCAGAUUAUGCCUAAGAGGGAAGAAGGACAAAUUAGACUUAAUUCUCACUGAAAUCCCCAAAAUGCAUGUUGACAAGUUCUUCCCACCUCUGUUCCUAUUUGAGGAGGGAGAGAAGUUUGAUUUUGGACAUAUCAUGUGGAGUAGUCCCUACUUUUGGUACCCUCCUGUCUCUGGCCUUGAUAAAAUAGUCGAAAGCUCUUAUAUCAGAAGCGAUAAGAAGAAUAAAUAUUUGGUUAAGAUUCCUCACGAAUCUUUCAGAAGGAAAAGGAGGGGAACCCUUUAUCGCAGGACUAGCUCAAAAGUUAAGAUGAGGUCUGGGAAUUGUAACUAUAAGUUCAAAUUCAAACUAAUCGGGUUCGAACGCUUGUGAAAAGUCUUUAACGAGAUCAUCCUUGGUGAAGAAGCUACUGAUAAUAAGGCCACUCAGCCCAGGAAUGUUACUUUAAUGAAGUUCAAGAAGAAGGAAUUCAAUGCUUUAGCAUCCCAAGCUAAAAUAAGUAAUAUCCAUAAGAGAUUAAAGCGAACAAAGAUGAUAAAAUCUAUUUAUAAAAAGGUAGAUCAGUAUGACAGUCAGAGUUAUUUAUUGGGAAUCAAUUCAAUGUUUGGUAACUUUUCCAUAAAUUAUGACAAAAUUGCACGCUUCAAGCAAAUCAUGUUUGGGAAGGGGUCCAUCACUCCUUUGUAUCUCCAGGUGGAAUGAAUGCUGUAUCACGGUUGUGAGCUUUUGUCUAAUGUAGUUAAAUCAAAGAAAAUAAAUUUCAACAACAAUGCAAAGUUCAAUGAAUGGAUCUCGUUCGAUAAGAUGCGCUACUGUGAAUUAAGCAAGAAGACCAGACUUAGCUUUAAUAUCAGAAUGAAUACCUCUGAAGAUAUUGAAAUGAUCAUUGGCUCAGUCAGUAUUAAUUUAUUCGACGACCAAGGGAAGCUAAACUCAGGCAUCAGAGAUUUGAACAUCUGGCCCUUCUACUCAAUUGAUUCGAGACUUGGGUGAAUGAAGGAGUAUUAUGGAGUUUCUAAAGACAAGAGCAUCUCUGGGAUAAAUUUCAACACCUUGUUCUCAAAACUAUACAUUGAACUUGAGUCGUUUGCUUUGCCGAUGUAUUACUCCCCAAGAACUGAUGAAGAUAUGAAGAAUAUCUACUUUUCGAGUAAUAAGCAAGAUGACCAAGAUAAGGAGAAUUUGAUAGAUGCUGCAGUGACCAAUGAAGACUUGGCAGAUUUGAAGAAGUACCUGCUCAAAAAUCCUCUCCAAGAUCUAGCUCCAAAGGAGAAAGAUAUUCUGUUUAAGUGUAGGGAACAUUACCAGACUCUUCCUUCUGGCCUUCCAUUAUUUUUGAGGAGUGUUAGAUGGAACAGACCAGUUCAAGUUAAUGAGGUUUAUAAAAUGAUCCAAAAUUGGGCACCUAUGGACCCAGAAGAUGCUAUCUGCCUCCUUGAUGCAAAAUUUCCUGACGAUGAGGUGAGAAGAUAUGCAGUUAGCCAAAUUUCGAGAUUAAGCGAUGAUAAAAUCUCUCUUUAUAUGAUUCAAUUUGCUCAAGCAAUCUUAUAUGAAGAGCAGCAUUUGAGCCCUCUUGCUGAAACUCUUAUUGAACGAGCUCUCAAAAACCCAUGUGUUGUAGGCCAUAGUUUCUUUUGGGCUUUGAAGUCCAAUCUGCAUAUGAAGCCUUCUUAUGAACGAUACUCAAUCUUAUUAGAACAAUUUCUGUUGUUAUGUGGAAAAUUUAAGGAGGAAUUGAACAUCCAAUGCAAGGUCAACAACAUUCUUGCCCAAGUCUCUCAAAAGAUCUGGAACCUCAAGAACAUCGAGAAGCAGCCAUGGGACAAGGUCAAGGAGGCUGGCAAGAUCUUCUUGAGCAGAGCAAGGAAGCAUCUACCCCUCUUAUUCACAUUCACAGGAGAGCCUAAGGUGGUGAUCUCUGAGUUUAAUUAUGAAAGCUUUACGGUCUUUUCUUCUAAAAAGAUUCCUCUCAGAAUCACUGGCAUAAACCAGCAGCCUGGAGGGGACCCAAUUGUCACAAUAUUUAAGAAUGGAGAUGAUCUCAGGCAGGAUAUUCUAACAAUGCAGAUGUUGUACCUCAUGGACAAGAUUUGGUUGGAUAAUGAACUUGACUUAUGUAUGAAUCCUUACAAAGUUAUUGGGACUGGCUGAGAGCAAGGCUAUCUAGAGUUUGUUGCUAACUCUACUACUCUGGCUUACAUCCAAUACCACAAAGGUAUCUGGAAAACCUUUCGUGACGAUACAAUCGAUAAAUUCAUGACUGACAAAGUCAACGAAAAAUGAUCCUCUGUUCAAGAGAAGGAGGCAAUGUGGAAGAAGAUUCAGUAUAACUUCAUCAGAAGUACUGCAGGCUACUGUGUCGCUAGUUACAUUCUUGGCCUUGGUGAUAGACACCCAGACAACAUCAUGCUGAACAUGGAUGAAGGAAAUCUCUUUCAUAUUGACUUCGGUCAUUUCUUAGGAAACGUUAAGAAAAAGUAUGGCUUUAAACGUGAGAGGGACCCUUUUGUGCUCACCAAAGAAAUGGUUGCCUUCAUCAACAUCAAUAUUGAAGACAAGUUGAAGGGUGAAGAGUCCUACAUUCCAAUAUCGAGCAGGAAGGAAAUGUCUCUCCAAGAUUUUCAGAAUUUACAAGACGAAGCCAUUUUUGAUGAAAUAAAUGGAAAUUAUUAUGGAGAAGGGAAGCCUAACAAGAAAAAAACCAAGAAUUUUCAACUCUUUGAGUCAUUGUGCUGUCAGGCUUACAAUAUAUUGAGAAAAGAAGGGCAUAAAUUCAUCAAUAUGUUCUUGAUUAUGCUCUCUGCUGGAAUGCCUGAGUUGAGCAAGGAAAAAGAUAUCCAAUCAAUAGUAGACGCUUUGGUGCUGGAUUACACAGACCAAGAAGCCUCUGUUCAUUUUAGGAAAGAGAUAGCAAGAGCAUCAAGGACUUGGUCGCGAAGGUUUGACAACUUUAUUCACAACAUCAAGGCGAAGUAUUCAUAAUUUCUGACUGAAUAAAUCUUUAUGUUGAAAUUCAA